AGGUGGUCUCGCGGCGGCGCGCUGAGAAGAAGCCCCCGGCGCCGGAGCCGAAGACGGACGAGGUGACCGUGGACCUGAAGACAGCGAUCACCCUGAAGCCUGAAGCGCGGACCAAGUGGCUCAGCAAGGCGUGCGCAAUGGUGGAGCAGGGCAAGGCAAAGUCUACGGACCUUUAUGACAUCGUCACCAACCGCAAGUUCUCCGGCGGCUUGCCCGACCGCGUGGGAAGAAAGCUUGCGAGCAUUCUGAAGGAAAGUCUCACCAUUUUCUCGGACAAGCAGCAGCGCUUCCUCAACUCGACAGAGAGUCCCGUGCCAAUGCACCUUGCGCGGAGCGACGAUGAGGAGGAAGAGGAGGAGAAGCCGGCCGCGAAGGUGGAGGUGAAGGCGCCGGCAAAGAUUGCUGAGGACACAGCGCCUGCCACAGCCACGCUGAGAAGCAUCACUCUGGAAGAGGGCGACAAGGCCUUGAAGAAGGACAAGACCAAGCCCAAGCCAGUGGAGGAGAACAAGGGGAGAGCGGCGGAGGACAAGGAGGCGGAAGACAAGCGGCGGAAGCUCGAGGAAGAGGCGGACAACAUCCUGGGAGCUUUAGUGCCAGGACUGGCGGACGACGCGCCUCCCAUCUUCUCCAAAGCGGAUGCCCGGCGAUCGGCCUCGCGCUCGCGGGGCUCCCGCUCCAUCUCAUCCAGGACCGCCCGGAGGUUGGCAAGAGAGAAGAGGAAGGGCCGGGAGCGGGACGGCUCCUGGCGAUCGGCCGGCUCGGGCCUCUCGGGCUCCCGCGCCCUGCUGCUGAAUCGCAACUACACAGAGGACCUGCCCCACAUGCCGCGGAACGCGGCCACCACGGCAAAUAGCUACGGGCCCGACCGAGCCGAGCGAGAGCGACCUGAGCGGGCGGAGCGCAGAUCCCGGUCCCGGUCGCGCCGGCGCCGCCGAUGAGACCCGGAGACGGCCGCAGGCCGAAGGCCGGAAGAUGGGACCAAAGCGUGCUGGAAGCGUCAAAAGCUGUGCUUUUUCAGUGAGAAUCAGGUCGGGCAGUACGGGGAGAAAAAAAGGCUUCUCAAUUCCAAGGCAAGCUCUUGUGGCUGGAGG